AUGUCUAUCUACGAAUUCGUCGUUAAAGAUAACAAAGGCAACGAUUUCCACUUCGAUACACUUAAGGGAAAGGUUAUCAUGAUUGUUAACACUGCCAGUAAGUGUGGAUUCACUCCUCAAUACAAAGACCUCGAAGCCCUUUACCAAAAGCAUAAAGAUGAAGGCUUCGAAAUCAUUGCAUUCCCAUGCAAUCAAUUUUUAUCCCAAGAGCCAGGCACAGAUGAAGAAAUUGCCUCAUUCUGCUCAUUGAAUUACGGAGUCACCUUCCCAAUUAUGAAGAAGAUCAAUGUCAAUGGUGAAUAUGCUGCUGACAUUUACAAAUUCCUCAAGGAAAAAGAGAGUGGUUUCUUAGGCUCUGCAAUCAAAUGGAAUUUCACAAAGUUCUUAAUUAGCCGCGAUGGCAAGAAGAUAAAGCGCUAUGCUCCAACUACAAAUCCAUCCUCAAUCGAGAAAGAUGUUGUUGAAUUUAUUAAAGAACAAUAA